GAAAAAAAUAAGUCCAAAAUACCCAGAGUAUAUAAGAGCGAAAAAAAAGGAAGAAAGGAGAAGAGAAGAGAAGGCAAUGGGACAGUCAUCAUCCGCCGACCGGCCAUCCCCGGAGCAACUGGAAGCGGAAUCUCUAGCUGCGUCCACCGGAGCACUUCCGACGCUCCAAAAAGCAUUUUCUAUCCUCUCCGAUCCCCAAACGAAAACCGUCCCUGUCGAUUCGCUCCAGAAAUGUUUCCUGUUUACCAUCGAGAACUCUGAGAACGAAGGAACAUGUGUGCCUAAGGAUUUUCACGUUUUGUUGAGUCAUCUGAGCUAUUCUAUGGUUGACCUGUUCUUCUUGUCUGAAAAGGGAAGAGGAGUGAGCUGGGUUGAGUUCUUGAAUGGCUAUUCUAGGUGUUGUGGGAGGACAAUUGGUUCUACGUCAAUUAAUAAUUUGCUUAGGGUUUUUUCUUUGAUGAAUUCGAAAGCAGGUCUUCCUGGAAAACUGCAAUUUGUUCCCGGUGAUGAUGAAUGUAAAGCCAAUGGGUAUCUAUUGCCAGUUGAUGUAUUGAUGCUUCUUUGGAUGUGUUGGGUUAUGUCGUGGGAUUGUAAGAAGUUGAAAUCCAUUGAAUCUUUAGGUUUUCCCGGGCUACCAGAUGUUACUCAUUUGGUAAUGUCAUCCAUUCAAUCAUGUGUUGAAGAUGGAAGCACUAAAUUGGACUUAUGGGAGUGUUCAAUUUUUGAAACCAAUGUUCAGCUUCCUGUUGCUAAGAUCACUAUGUGGGCCUUAAAGACAUUUCCAUACCUCGCAGAUUGUCUUUCACAAUUUCUUCAAAUUAGACUUUUUUACUUGGCAACCCAUGAGGACAAACCAGAGCAGGGAUUGCCUUUUGUGAUUGAUAUUUCCCCAAAGGAGAAUCCUGUUAGCAACCUCCUUACUAGUGGAAGGGCCUGGGCAAUCUCACUUACUUUGAGGGACACUAUGAGGGAUGAAAUUUCAAAAGCAUACUUUUCAAGUAGCUCAGAUGAGAUAAACGAAAUCAUGCUCUAUCGGUCAUCAAUCCAUGGGAAAGGUCUAAACAGGUUUUGGUCAAAAACUGAAGGCUAUAACGGCCCGUUGCUGAUUUUGGUUGCUGCUUAUGAACCUAAAAAUGCCACAAGGAAAUGGAUUAUUGGUGCCCUCAUUCAUCAGGGUUUAGAGAACAAGGAUUCGUUUUAUGGAACAUCUGGUAGUUUAUAUGCUAUCAGUCCAGUGUUUCAUGUUUUGUUGCCUUCAGGGAAGGAGAAAAAUUUUGUUUAUAGCCACUUGCAUCCGACUGUUAGGAUGUAUGAAGCUCAUCCAAAGCCUGUUGGAAUUGCUUUUGGGGGAUCUCCUGGCAGUGAGAGAAUAUUUAUUGAUGAGGAUUUCACUGUAAUCACUCUACGCCAUCAUGCUUGUGACAAAACCUAUCAGAAUGGUCCCCUUUUCCCUGGACAGGGAUUCUUGCCACUUGAAGCUUCAAUAGUAGAUGUUGAGGCAUGGGGAUUGGGAGGGAAAAAACCCAAAGAAAUGCAAACAGCUUAUAAGAAGAGGGAGGAAAUUUUUACUCAGCAAAGGAGGAAGGUAAUCAUUCCCCUUUAAUAAGUUGAUUCUUCAGAUUUAUAAGUUGUGAAGGGUCUGUUUGGGAACAACUUUGCAAUUAGUGUUAGAUUUUUGAAUAAGUUUUCAAUGGUGUCGAUUAGCAUCUAAAAAAGUCUAAAGCUAAAUGUUGUCCUUGGACAACUUUUCAAAACACGAAAGCUAAAUUCUAGCACUGAUGCCAAACGGUGGCAAAGUUUAAGGGGAUAAUGCACAAAUGAAGUUUUGACAUAUCU